CAAAGUGACGGCAUCUUAUAUUCUUCACUACACAGUUUUCAUCUGUCGCAGUAAGCAGUGAUUUUGAGAGAAGCAAAGAUAUUUUGAAUUAUUUCAAUCCGUGUAUACGAAGAAUUAUAGUAGAAAGAAUGAAGAAGGGUCGUGAUAAAGUUGAAAAUAUGGCACCUACAAAGCAGGCUGUGACCAAGAAGACGAUAGAAAGAAUCGGAUACAGAAGCCAUAAAUUCAAGAUAGAGUAUGACACAAUGGAAAACAUAGACAGGACAGGGAAUGAAUUGCUUGUUAAUUGGAAGUGUUUAAUUGAAGAAAAAGAGGAAGCAAUCCAAACAUCCUCCAAAAAACUACAAAACAUGCAACCAAGCAAACUUUCCAAGAAUAGGCUUAGACAAGAAAUAGAGCAAUGGAUCGAUUUUAAAGCGGCUGACAGACAUGUCAUGAAGCGAUGCAUGCACAAUCUACAAAUUUCCAUAAAAGAUAGGCUGCAUUACUUAAGAAAACAGAAACAGUUUCUUCUUGAUAAACAGAAAACCCUGAAAAAUGUUUACAAAACAAUUGAAAGGAGCAACCGCUCAAGAAUUCCAAAUCCUUUUCAACAAUUCAUUCUUGACGUCAAACGCGAACAUUACCAACUGUUCAACGAGGAACUUCUGAUUUCAUCAAAUGGGAGCUUAAACAAAUAUAAAAGACAAAUGAUCGAAGCCAACACUGUCAUUAUUAAUAACACCACGUUAUAUAUUGGGAGAACUGGUAAAACAAACGUGAUGACACCAAUUCAUGAAAAUAAACUAGAAGCCGACAAGUGCAUUACAGGCGAGUGUGUUGACUCUUGCUGCACAUGUCGUAGGUCCGAAUCAGAACUAAGUUUUCUAAAUCAUGAAUUUGAACUUGAGUGUAAUAUGUUUGAAUUAUCUGUAGAAAGCAAGAAAACUGAAAAUUGUUCUAGAAGAGAGGACACACAAAGGAACGAGUUCCAAAAACAUGCUAAGAGAUCGAAAAUUGCUGUUCCAGUAAAACUGCCACAAUUGCUAGCUAACAAGAACAUGAAAUACGAGGAAAAUACUCCCUCUACUCCAGUAAAACUACCACAACUGCUACUAAACAAGAACAUGAAAUACGUGAAAGACUCAUACUCAGAGACUCUAAAACUCCAACCUUUGUUACCUAACAAGAAGAUGAUAUACGCAAAAGAACUAUCUGACACUACUCUUAAACUACCACCGGUGUUGCAUGACAAAGAGCAAACAUGCAUGCAAGAAUAUCCCUUCACUAAUCGCCCUGGUACUCCAAAACUGCUUCCACCAUUACAGAACUUGCCACAAAACAUAAAAAAGACAUUAAUUGUAAACCAGAUCAUGGAUGAAUAUAAAGAUAAAAGUAAAGUUAUGUCAACAGAAGCAAUGUCUAAACCAGCACCACAGCAACCAGUUGAGACAACAGGUUCCAAUGAAACUUUAGAUAUGAGCACAGAAUUAUGUUCUAAAAGGGCAAAAUGGAAAAGUCAGUAUAGAACUUUUAGGCUUCAAAAGACAUCUCGUAAAAAUUACUACGCCAGUGAUAGAAAGUAUCGAUUUUCCAGGCUGCAUCUGUCAUCUGGUAAAAAAUGCUAUAUUCCUAAAAGCAACAGGGACAAAGUAAUCAAACUUGUCUAUGAAAGAUACUGCACCACAAGAAAACAAAUCAGAAAUGUAGGACAGCAAUCAGACAGAGAAAAACCAGACAGGUACCCAGAACGAGAUCAAAUUCAUACAUUGCCACGAAAUAUGAAAGAGACAUAUAUUGUAAAUAAGAUCAAGAAUGAAAAGAAAGAGAAUAGUAAAGGUAUUCAAACGCAAUCAACGUCUAUAUCAGCUCAACAGAAAUCUGCUGAGACAAAAGCAAAGGGUGGAACUUUAGAUAUGAAUUCAGAUUUAGCUUUAAAAAGGAUAAAAUGGGAAAAUAAGUUUCCAACUUUUAGGCUGCAAAAGGCAUCUGGUAAAGAUCGCUAUAUCUCUGAGAGAAAGUACCGAUUUUCUAGGCUGCAUAAGUCAUCUGGUAAAUAUUGCUAUAUACCUAAAAGCAAAAGUGAUAAAGUAAGCAAAAUCGUUACUGGAAAAUAUUGUACCACAAGAACACUAAAAAGGAAUUUCAUAAAGCAAACAGAAAUAGAAAAACCGGACAUCUACCCAACACCAGAUCAAAUUCUUUCUUGGUCACAAAAUGUAAAAAAGAUGACGAAUGAAAAGGAAGAUAAAAGUGAAGUGGUGAAAUCAAUGCCUUUAUCAGCACCAGAGCAGACUGAUGAGACAACAGCUUCACAUAAAAUGUCUAAAUCAAAACAACAGCAGGCCGAUGAGACGAAAGCUUCCAAUAAAAUGUCCAAACCAGAACAACAGCAGACGGAUGAGGCAACAGCAUUAAAAAAAAUGUCUAAAUCAACACAACAGCAGGCUGAUGAGACAACAGAUUCCAAUAAAAUAUCAGAACCAGCACUAAAGCAGACUAAUAAGACAACAACUUUCAAUAAUUUCUCCAAACCAGGACCAGAGCAGACUAAUAAGACAACAGCUUCCAAGAAAAUGUCCCAACGAGGACCAGAGCAGACAAAUGAGACACCAGCUUCCAAUAAAAUGUCUAAAUCAACACAGCAGCAGGCUGAUAGGACAACAGCUUAUAAUGAUACCACAAGAAAACAAAAAGGGAUUAUCAGAGAGCAGACAGCAAGAGAAAAAUCGGUCAGCAAUUUAGAACAAGACCAACAUCAUACGGAUAUUGCAGUAGAUGAUAAAUAUCCCACUGAAGACAUCUUUCACAAGCUGGAUGAUAACGAACUGAUAGGGUUUUAUCAGGUGCAAGAAAAAGAUCUGUUUCCUGUCAUAGAAAAUAUGAGUGACAGCAAAGUGAUAGAAGUAUUCAAGAAACUCCAUGAUCAGCAUAUUGCAGUCAUUCAUUGUUUAAGCGAUACCGUAGAUGACACUCAAAGCUCGAGCUCAGAUAGUACAAUAAAUAAUUUUCAAGAUGCAGGAGACAAUAGUGGUACAUUGAAAUCAACAAUCAAAACUUUUAUAAAAAAACUUAUUCCAGAUUGCAUAACGAACGGUAACCAAUGUCAACCAACAGAAACUCUUUCUUCAAAUUGGCAAAUUAUAAAAGUCCUCUCUGGAACGAAUAUCAAGACACAAAAUAUUUCUAUGCCACCCGCACAAUUUAUUCCUAUGCCACCCAAUACACCAAAAACAAAAACAUCAAACGCCAGACGUAAACGAUAUGGCCGAAAAAAGGAUGAAAAUAACAAUCCACCAGAAUCUUAAAAAAGCGAUAGAUUCUGAUUGUUUGAUACAUUUACGCUUCAUAUUUUCAAAAGAAGAUCUUUAGUGGAUACCUACAGAUGUAAUAGAUGUAGCAGAAAAAAUGUUUAAAAUAAUUAAAUAAAAUCGGAUUGUGUGACACAUUCAUGCUUUAUAUUUUCAAAAGAAGAUCUUUGGUGCAUAUAUGUUCAAACAGUUUGAUAUACUCCGGUGAAUCUUUUGUGUAACUAAGCCUCGGCUUGCUCUGUGCAUGUACAGUCUGUUUUAUUAUAUAACAAUGUCAAAAGAGGGCUGUAACAUAAAGGACCAAAUUGUAGACUAAAGUGGCGAAAAAUACUUAGAUAUACAGUAUAAAACAGCAGAUUGAAUAUAUAUUUGAUAUCUAUAGCAACAAUAGAAAGACAAUCAUAUUGCAUAUAUAUGUACAUACUUUUUUG